GGUUAGAAAUGGCGGUUGGGGCCAGAGGGGCGGGCGGGAAGAUGUGCCGCCUCGUGGUGCUAAGAGUCCGGGCCCGUAGUUGCUUCACGAGCCCUCUUCCUCCUCCUGGUGCAGGCCCUCGAGAUGGGGAGAGCCGCUGUGGGGAAGGCGUGACUCCUUCAAGUGAACAAAGGAAAUGGCGGCCGCUGCCGAGGAAGCCGACGCGGACAACGCUGCAGCCGCCGAUAGUGGGAGACGUUCCCUAAAAUGGCGGACUGCGCGGCGCGGGCGGGGCGAGGACGCGGGCGGGGCGUCCGUUCGUGGCGGCCCUCGGCGGCGGCGGGGCGGGGCGGAGGCGCCGACUGCUCGCAUGGCCGCCACGCCGGAACCCGGCGAGCCCGGGAAGGGGAAGCCAUUUAAGCUCCUAGGAAUCUUAGAUGUCGAGAACACACCCUGUGCACGGGAAUCAAUAUUACAUGGUUCGUUGGGAUCUGUUGUGGCUGGCCUUGGACACUUUUUGUUAACGAGUAGAAUCAGAAGAUCAUGUGAUGUUGCAGUAGGAGGAUUUAUCUUGGUAACUUUAGGAUGCUGGUUCCAUUGUAGAUAUAAUUAUGCAAAGCUAAGAAUCCAGGAAAGAGUUGCCAGAGAAGGAAUUAAAAACAAGAUUUUAUAUGAAAGUACCCACCUUGAUCCUGAAAGAAAAACCAACGGGAGCGGCAGCAGCCAUUGAGCAGUCUUGAGCAUAGAAAACCCAGAUAACCACUUCAGUGUGAACUACAGCAACAUUUUAUGUAUCAUGAGAGAGCUUUCAAUCAAGUAAAUAAAGUACUGUGUUAAGUUGU